CUGACAACCGUCAUUCAUCUUACAUCCGGAAGUACUAUUAACUGUUUUUCCGGUCUCAAAAUAUCCCCCAAAAAAUAUCCUUGGACAUCGAAAUCUUUUCAAGAACACGGUAGAUUGAGAGCUCGUUCGUUUUUUUGCGGAGCCCACUGAGGUCUAGACAUGGAGGUGCCUUACUACCUGCCCAAAUUGCUUUUUGAGCUCAACGAGCAGCGCAAGAGGGGCUUCUUCUGUGAUUGCAGCAUCCUCGUCGAGGGUCGUGUCUUCAAGGCACACCGUAAUGUGCUGUUUGCGGGAAGUGGUUAUUUUCGGGCUCUUUUGGUUCACUAUUUACAGGACAGUGGACAGCGCCACAGCACAGCAUCAUUAGACAUAGUCACAGCUGAGGCCUUCUCCGCCAUCUUAGACUUCCUUUACUCCGGCCGCUUGUGCUUAAGCAGCAACAAUGUAAUCGAGGUGAUGUCAGCAGCCAGCUACUUGCAAAUGACGGAUCUGGUGAACCUUUGCAAAGGGUACAUCCGCUCAUCUUUGGAAAUAUGUAACAAAGGCAAGGAGGGCAAAACAGAGGAGGGGAAUGCAGAAGAGGAAGGACGGUACAGACUUGCAGACAGUGGAACUCCUGCUGCAACAAACCCCGGCAGCUUUGGGGCUGCGGAGCCUCGUUCACAGCUUACAGAAACAGAUGGAGCAUCUGUAAACCCAACUCAUAGCCCUUUGCCCAUCCACAACGACACCCCUCCAGUUCCAAGCAAAGACUGCCAUUCUGGUGAGGAAAGACCAAAAGCACACAUGGAUCAUGCUAACCUCUCCUCCUCUUCAUGUUCUGCUUUGACGCCAGAGUUAGUGAACCCCAAAAUAGAGUACGACCCGGAUGAAGAGCUUUUAGAAUCUCCCGACAGUAAAGAUCUGGCUUCAUAUCCUGGACCCUCGCUUCCUCAUCAUAGCAAACAACUUCCCCCAAGUGUCAGCCUGUCCACUGAGCGCUGCUUCGUGGGCUCUUCUUUCAACGCCAGGCAGCUCAUGGAAAUGCUGGCCAGGGGGGAAGGCCCGAAGGUGGAGCGAGGGGGGCAGCGCUUUUUCCAAGGAGCCCCUGGCAGCAGCUUGGUAGCAGGCAGAGUGGAGGAUGGUUUAAGCUUUGUGGGGUCAUCUGUGAUGGAGAUCCAGUCUGAUUGGCUCGGGGAGGAUACAGGAGAUAACUUGCUGGUUCCUGUUAAGCUCCACAAAUGCCCGUUCUGUCCGUACACUGCCAAGCAGAAAGGCAUUAUGAAGAGGCAUAUUCGCUGUCACACGGGAGAGAGACCCUUCCCUUGUCCCAUGUGUGGCAAGAGGUUCACGAGGCAGGAGCAUCUUCGCACCCACGCCUUGAGCGUGCACAGGCAUGACUUGCCUGUGUCGUGCAAGAGCUGCAGGCGUGUCUUCACCGGAUCUACCGUAUCUCCCGGUUUGAGACGCUACGGCAUCUGCGACAGCUGCAACUGCGUGACCACCACUCACACCGACUCCACACCGGUCCACACGGCCAGCCAAGCGGAGCCCACGGAACGCGGAGACGGGGGCACCGACUGGUCCAGCUUCAUGGACGAUGUGGAUGAGGUGGAGGUGGGCCGAGUGGAGGAUUUGGUGGAGAAACAGAUGCUGGAAAAGCAGCUGGCUGCCUGCAAUGAUGUAGGUCACACUCUGAAGUCUGAAGGCAAUUAUUAUGAUUAAUUAUUGAACUUCAUUACUUGUUAUAUACAGUAUACAUAUAAGCAUAUAAAUGUGAGUUUUUGUGAUUUGAUCAGUUUUUUACUUAUGCAGAGUGUACGCAGCAUGAUGGAUUUGUGGUUAGCACCUCUGGCUCACAAUCAGGAGAUCCCAUUGGAACAUCUCUGUGAUGUGUAGCGUUUGCAUGUUCUCCCCAUGCCUGUAUGUGUUUUCCCUGGUACUCCACAUCCCCAAAACAUGCACAUUGGAGACCUUUAAUUGUCCAUAGGUGGGAACGUGAAUGGUUGUUUGUCAAUAUGUGCUCUGCUCAGGGUAUACCCCACCUCUCGCCAGAAGUCAGCUGGGAUAGGCUCCAGCUCAUCCAUGAUCCUAAUCAGGACAAGCGGUACAAAAAUGAAUGGAUGAUUGGAGUUUUGUUGGUGUACUAAGUGUACAAAUAUUUAUUUCCUUUC